AACACCAAUCCUUCUGCUCGUGGUGUGGAGCGAAGACCUAGGCUUUUUGGCGGCGAUUUUGCGCUGUCUGACGGUCGCAGAGAAAUGGCCUUGCGUGCGAAGUUGCAGUAUUUGAAGGAUCUGGCCGCAGGAGGUGGCACUAACGUUAAGGCAAACAAGAGUGCAUCGACAGGGGCAAAAAGCAAGAGUGCACCAUCGAUCCUUAGUGUCAUCAUCCUUGUUGUUGUUCUCUUUUGAUGAAAAGGAAAAAAGGACCUCCCAGGGACGGUCUCGUCAGGGAUUCGACGCGCUAGCUCUAAUAACGGGAUUGGUCAAAACGCGGGUCCUGAAGGGCAAAGCUUGCAUAACAAUGCCUAUCCGCCGUUGACACCCCAG